AUGGCCGCUAAGGUCGUGCCAGGGGAUGGCAUGGACACAGACUAUCUCAAGUCAACAAUUGGGAACGCUCUCUCCGAGGGGUGUGCCGCCACAGCUCUCGCACACCCCCCCGACCCGGUGGAUUUCCUGAGCUCAUGGCUGGUGCAAUAUGCUCGGAACAAGAGCAUAAGGGCGGGCAUGGCGGAGGAAAAGAGGGAGGAACUAGAGCGGGAGAGACUUGCAAAUGAGAGGGCAGAGGCGGAAGAGCGGGAAAAGAAGGAUAAAGAAAUGUGGCGGGAGAUGGGGCUCGAGCGGGUGGCGGGUUUUAGUGAUGAUGCAUGGCUGAUGUGGACAAGGGCGCUGGAAGAAGCGCGGAAGCACACAGGCAUAAGUGCCGCCUACGUUGCGGUGCUCGAAGAGGGAUCCCCCGCGCCCGAGCCCACAGAGGACGGAGAGGAACCGGAGGAGCCCCCCGAGGAGGAAGAAGCAGAAGAGGAACAACCCGAAGAGGACGGGCCAGACGCCUGGUACAACGUCCCCGAGGAGAAUCCCAACCCGGAAAAGCCGAGCACAGAGCCUGGGGAAGAGGAACCGGGGGAAGAGGAGAAAGCGGAGGAGAAAGAGGAAGGGGAGGAGGAAGAGGAGAAGCCAACGGGGCCGGAUUAUACGAGCACGCAGCUGUGGUAUACGGUCGUGAACGGCGGGGACGAGCGGGCGAUUCUCGGGAAGAAGCUGACGCGAGCUCAGGGAGGCGUGUCGUUUGAAGUGCUCGACCAGAAUCUGCCUACGCUUCACGUUCCAAACGUGCUGUACAAACGAGGUGUGCAUUUUUUCGGGGGGAUGCCCCGCCUGGGCGCCCUCUUUGUCGCCGCCAUCCCCCCCUCGGCAGCCGACAAGCCCGUUCAAGCGCUCCUUUGUGCGGACACUCUGCGUACGGAUCUGGGCGGCAGCGGACGUCCGCUCUCGGCCGAGGACCAGGCGUUCUUGACCGCGCUCGCGGCUGCGAUGGCGAGGGCGACCGUCGAAGGGGAGGCCAAGAGCGCGGAGGUCGCCGAGAAUGUCAAGGCGCAGGUGGAUAUCCUCAAGGCUGCUCUUUACCGUGUUCAAGAAGAACAGAAAGCCGCGGCCGCAGCGGCAGAAGAAGAGGGGGAGAAGGAAGAACCUGAGGAGGAGGCGGAGGAAGGCGCCGAAGCCCCUGCCGCCGCGGCCCCCGCGUCCACUCCUCUCACGCGCGCCGCGCUCGCGCUCUCCCAAACGCGCGCCGCGUACGCGGCCGCGGUUGCCGCGCUCGACGCAGUGCGCGCGGACGAGGUCGCGCGGCUCAAGCGUGCGGCCAAGUGCAGCCCAAUGAUGCUGCGCGUUCUGCACGCGGCCGCGGCCGCGCUGGGCCGCGACGCGACAGCGCUGUGGCCCGACUGGAGCAGGGCGCGAGAGGAUGUCAACGCUGACUUCGUAAAGACUUGCCAGGAGCACGACCCCGCAGGGAGCGCGGCUAACUGGAGUGCGAUCCGACGGCUGCUCAAAGAUAUCGACGGCAAAGCGCUUCUGGCGGAGUCUCCGCUGGCAUACGUGCUGUACCGGUGGAUCCUAAGCUGCAAGUUCGUGGAGGUGGCGCACCGCGCCCAUGUGACGGCGCAGGAAGAAGCCGACGCCGCGGCCGCCGAGAAGGCACGCGAGGAGGCCGAAGCUGCCGCGGUCGCGGCCGCGGAGGCGGCUGAGGCAAAGGAAGAAGGCGACGAAGACGAAGAAGGGGAGGAAGAUGACGAGGUUGAUGAGCUGGCCAACAUGGGCGACUCCGACGAGAACCCAGGCCGGAUGCGGUCGCCCACCGUUUUGUAG